GGUUUGCACAAGAAAACCUGGGCAGUUUCUGAAACCAAAUUUCCUCUGACAGUUGGUUUCGUUUUCUUGUAAAGUUCCUCUUGCAGCAACUUUCGAAGGGCAGCUUUUCCUGUUGAAUGUGGUUUUUUUUUGUUUUUGCUUUAAAAGUUUUGGGCAUAAAAGUGUAGGAGGGAAGUGAUUUUCAGUCUUGAACAAUUUUAGAAGAUUGAUUUUUGUCUAGGUACAUUAGAUAUGUAGCUAUGCUAGAAUACUGCCAGCCUGGGUCAAGUAAUUAAUGCCAAGAUGAAUUGUUGGUGUAUACAUGCUCUUCUGCUUAUGUGGCUGACUUCUACCUCCCAUGAAAUGAGUUGCCCAGAGCUCCCCUCUGUGAACUAUAGCAUUUUCAUUGGUGUGGAGGAUGAAGAAUACCAUAUGGGAACUUUCAUCUGUGUGAAGGGUUACCAUCUUGUGGGCCAGAAAGACCUUUCGUGCCAGGCCUCCAAUGAGUGGGAUGCCCCCACGCCCACGUGCCAUGUGGGCCACUGUCCUGACCUUGUGCUAGAGAAUGGUGAGUCCAGUUCCCAAAAGCCUGCACAAGAGAAUGAUACAGUCAUCUUCAAGUGCCAGGACAAUUACGUUCUCAAGGGCAGCAACUGGAGCAAGUGCCAAGAGGACCACAUGUGGACACCCUCUCCUCCUGUCUGCAAAUCCAGAGACUGCAGCCCACCCCAGAAACCCAGCCAUGGCUACUUUGUAGGACGAGAUUUCAGUUCUGGAUCUAGGAUCACAUAUCACUGCAGAGAGAGAUACCACUUGGUGGGUGUGCAGCAACUACAGUGUGUGGAUGGGGAGUGGAGCAGCACACAUCCCUCCUGUGAACUAACCCCAGAUCCUGUUUGGACGCCGCUGGAGCAGGCCCUGCUUGCUUUUCAGCAGAGUAAGGACCUUUGUGAAGCCAUGAGGAAUGUUACCCAAAUAUUAAAGGAAAACAAUUUAGUGAUGGAAGAACUGAAACAUUUCCUGGAGAUAAAGAAAACUGAGUUAAAGGCGAAACUAUUGCUCUGAUGGUGUAGCUAAGUGGCUUAUGCAAAGAAAGAUGCCCAAGAGAGGCUGGAGAGGGGCUCCAGGGGUGAGCUAUUUGCUUUGCAGGUGACAGAUCCCUCUGUAAUCUCCAGCACAGCCAGGAGGGACCCCCGAGAACACUGCACAUGGUCUUCCCUCUCUAGAAGAAGAAACAUA